AUGGCAGGCUCCUGUCCUCCCCCGACCCUGGAUUCCCUUCCAUUCGAUGUCUUCUAUCAGAUCGCCACGUUGCUGGACGACCGCGACUGCAUCCACCUGAGCCGCAGCAACCGCGCCAUCCAUGAAUUAAUGAUCAGUGACCUCAUCGCACGCAAAACGGUCGAGAGUGUGCUUGCCUACAGCAAGGAGGGCCGCACCGCCCUGGCGGCCCAGUCCGGUUACCGUAAGGCCGUCGGGCACCGCUUCGAUAUCCACGAAGCGAUUGCCACGGCAUCUCCGUAUGCAGUGGCGAUGUUAGCAUAUGCGGUCGACUUUGUGUACCACCAGGGCGUUCUCUGCUAUCGCGUCGGGCAUGAAAUCCGUCUGCUCAAUGUGCAUCGUGGAGCCCGCCAGGAGCAGGUGUUAAAUUUAUACGAGGUCAUUCCGAGACUGUAUACUGGCCUGCAGGAGGAGGUCCUUGACCCCGCGGCUCGGGUCAACCUCCUACACUACAGCAAUGGUAUCGUCGUGUUUCGGUUAGAGGGUAUCGGCGCCCAGACUGACUCCUUGGUUGCCAUCGAUAUGGCACCACGGCAGAGUCGUCGGAAGAGACUCCUCUUCCACAAGCCGAUCCCAUCAUCUGGCCCGAUAGUUGUGCGUCAUAGUCGUUCAUAUCUCUGGUAUGGUGUCUUUGUAGAGGCACUCGGUUCUCAGGGAGCCUGGUUAUGUCGCGGGGUAGACCUGGCUACCGAUGAAACGAUCGAGUUUCAUCUAGAGCAAGUGGUGGGCGGAGAACUAGGCCAGACUAUCUGCUUCGAGAUAUACCAGGACCAUCUCUAUACAAUCUCCACCCAGGUCACCUCGGAGGAUGAUGAGCGAUUUUCUUCAUUCUACCACUGGUCCUGCUACGCACCCCGAAACAAGAGUCGAAAAUGGAGCGGCCGCCUCUGGCGUCGUGAACACCGUGAAGGUCCCAUCAACGAGAUGUGGACCGAUCUUUCCAUCCGCAAGGAUGAAACCACCGGCCGCCCGAUGAUCCUCGAAUGCCGCCGUGAAUGGCCAAACGGCAAAAGCGAAAAUCACCGAACAACCUAUAUCGAACCCCUACCCACACCGGCAGAAUUACAAGCUGUCCAUCCCGAAGGAGACCCCAAGUCCCCCUCCUCAUGGAGCGACGACUCCGACAACGAAGAUGCAGGACCUAGCAAAGAUCCAGUCAUCGAUCAGACAUACGAUCAUCGGCCCGAGAAACGUCUCCGACGCAACUACCACCCGGAACACGAGCUCAGCGACGACCCAAACGAGCGGCAGGAAUUUAUCCACGCUUACACAAAGCAUCACAGCUACGACCUCGCCAGCUCCACAUUCAUCGAUCUAGUCAACGAUCCCACACCCCAAGCAGCCGGCGUCCGCGUACAGGAUCGUCUCCGCCUGCGAACAGUCUCGCGCAAGCGUAAAUGCCCCAUCGACGAAGAAGGCAUCACUGGCGAUCCAGGCCUCCUCUUCCCAGUCCAACUCGUUCCCAACGACCUUCCCAUCCAAGGCUCAGAGGAACGCUUCGUCUCCCGCGGCGUCCACUUGUGGCCCUCCGAAGAAAGCCCCGCCGAACUACACAAUCUCCUCUGUCCUGACCAGCGCUCCGGCGUGGUAACCGCCCUCGCGGACGAACGCUCCCUCAUAUACUCCAUCUCUUGUCCCGGUCUACCAAGCCAGCACAAAGCGCUGAUCCUGAUCAGUUUCGAUCCGGCGCUUCAUCUUCCUACUCUGAGGCCGCUGUCCUCACUGGGGACGACUGGUUUUGACUCUGCUACUGGCGAGCGGGAUGGUGUGUACCCCGUGGCGGUGCCAACGCCGAGGGCUUCUAGUGGGGGGUUGAUUAGAGAGGCUGAUGCGCUUUAUCGGGUUAUUAAUCGGGGGUAUUGGUUGCGGUGA